UUUUAUAUUUAUUGUGCAACACAUUGGCGGGAGCUAAAGUUGUAUCUGUUGAAGUUAAGCCAUUUACACAGGAAAUUUACGUCCUUGCAACUGUUCUGUUGCAGCAUUAACGCUUAAAAGCGCUAAAAUGGAGGACUUUGGCGUUUAUGCGAUAAUUGGACUAGAUGAACCACCACGACAUAUUUUGAGCUGGCGAGAUGGGUGUCAGAGGUCAGUUGAGAUUCAGCCUUGUGUCCAGCAGAUUGUUCUCUUCAGUAGAGGAGACUGGGGAAAGAGAGUUUCUGUUUCAGUGGAACUUGCUGAUGAGAGGAACAGCCCCAUUAAUGUGGGAAAACUAACACCAUUUAAUAAAUGUCUGUCAUGGGAAGCCUGUGAGGAUGGUGUCUGGUCCAAUGGAGCAACUUUAACUGUCAAACUCAAUGGGGGCACUUGUGAUUUGUUGGAUCCAUUGCUGACUCUGUCACCGGUGGAAUGCACUCCAGAGUGCAACAUCACAAUCCCGUUAACACUUCCAGGCAAGAGGAAGAGGUCACAGGGAGAGGAGGAAGAUGAAGGUAGAGGAAAGGAGAACAUUAUCCCUAACGCUGCACACAAAACAACACCUCACAGACAGGGCAAGAACAAUCCCCCUGGAGGACAAACACGUCUGUUCUCACCAAAAGAUGGGCAAACAGUGGCGUCUGCAUCUCAGAGCCAUAAAAUUAAAGGCAAGCUGGCCAAAACUUCCUCACAGGCUGCAUCAUUAGGCAAGCCAUCAGGACGCUGGGGUCAGGCUGUCUGUCCCAUUGAUCCUCAGACAGCCAUUUUGAUCGGAGGGCAAGGCGCCAAAAUGCAGUUUGGCAAAGAUCCCAUCUGGAAACUUUGCAUGGAGGAUCUGUCCUGGGUACCUGCAGAAACCCUGGCGGAAGGACCCACCCCAGAAGCCCGCAUUGGGCACACAGCAACCUAUGACCCAGAAUCUAAGCGUAUUUUUGUGUUUGGUGGCUCAAAGCACAAGAAGUGGUUUAAUGAUGUUCACAUCCUAGAUACACAAAGCUGGCGCUGGACUUUAGUGGAGGCACAGGGUAAGGUGCCUCUGCUGGCUUAUCACAGCUGCAGUAUGUUUCGGGGAGAGCUCUUUGUGUUUGGGGGAGUGUUUCCUCGCCCCCAUCCAGAGCCAGAUGGCUGCAGUGACUCCAUCUACAUAUUUAACCCUGAAAUGGCCAUCUGGUAUCAACCCAUUGUCAAUGGUGAAAAGCCUGCUCCACGCUCUGGGCACUCAGCAUGUGUGAUGCAGGGGAGAAUUUUUAUGUUUGGAGGUUGGGACACCCCUGUCUGCUUCAAUGACAUGUUCAUGCUAGACCUUGGCUUGAUGGAGUUUUCUGCUGUGAAGACAUGUGGAACAGCCCCUUCUCCCAGAAGCUGGCAUGGUUGUGCUGUUCUGUCAGACUGCAGUUUCCUAGUCCAUGGGGGCUACAAUGGGAACAACGCACUGAGUGACACAUUCAUCUUUAACACAGAGACUAGUUGCUGGUCUUCUCUGACGAUGCCCCAGCUGCAUUCGGUACCCCGAGCUGGACAUUCCAUUAUUACGAUGCCAACCACAUGCAAAAAGGUAACCAUAGAUGAGCAGGAAGAGCAUUCAGAGUCUUCCCCACAGACAAUGCUGAUUUUUGGUGGAGGUGACAAUGAAGGGAGCUUCUUCUCAGAUCUCAUUAUAAUGCCGGUGAAGGAGCUAAGACAAGACUAAACACUUCUGGAUUCAGUUUCACAUACAGGAGGCCCUGUGACGGCACACAUUUUUACAUUACUUUUAUCAUGUGCUUUUUGUGUGUGAUGAUGCUUAAAGUAUUUGAAUGUUAAAUUGAAAUUACCAGAGUUUUUUUGUUCAGUUAUUUGCAUAAUGUCAUUUAACAUUUGUUUGCAUGUAAACAUUUGAAUGUCACACAUAUUAAUGGAUGUGCUACAAACUUCUGAAAUGAGCCCAAUAUUAUAGACCAUUGAGGGUGUGUCUUUCAGUAAAAGACCCAGGCAUCUUAAUAAACCCCAAACUCUUUGAGAUGUUUAUAUUUACACAUAUAAGGGAUUCAUAUUUGAUCUAUGAAAAGUGUACUUGUCCCAACUUUAGAGUGUUUUUUAUUUUUAAAUUGUGUAUGUCAAUUUAAAUGUUAUGAUUUUAGCUGUAAAUAUUGUCUAAGGAAAGCUGUUGAAAAUUAA